AUGUCGCAAACGAAGGAUUCCAAAUUUAGGCAACUUUUAAGAAGCCUGAAACGAAAUAAUAAAUCAAAGGAACCAAGGGAUUCAGAUAAGAUAACCUUUAAUAUAAGGGAGAAAUUGCGACACAUUAAAUUUAGAAUACAUAAUAAGAAAUCAUCAAAAUCGCACUUGAAAACUGAGAAGAAAUUUAUCAAACCUCUAAAUAGUAACCACAUAAAUACUGUUAAACCAUGUCUACCAACAUUUGACACUCACUUAAUAAUUAUAGACAGUCCAUUAGAAAUGACCACCCUUGAUCCAGGUAAACGUGUUGGUGACACAGUUUUAGAGAAUAAAUGUAUACAACCUGAGUUCUCGGAUUUUGAGAAAUGUUUGGAUGAAAGGUUUAGGCUACAUGGUGUUAGAAAACAUGCCGUAAUCAACACUAAUUUACCAGAAACAAAAAAAAACAAUAGUAACAUUAUUAAUAUAAAACAAUCCCGAACAAAUAGAAACGAUAUCGAGGUUCUGAGUGGCACAAUACCACACAACAAAUUAGUUAAGAAUAACUUCAUUAGAGGCGCAACGAACUCAUUACAGGAGACUGAAGAAGUAUCUGAAUGUUCAAUCGAGUCUCGUAAUAUGCAUCCAUCUGUUAACGAACUUAUAAGUCUUAUUGACAACGAAUAUGAUUAUUACAAUUCUUUACCGAGGACACUAUUAAUAAAACCUGAUAUGCCAACUAGCGAUAAUAUAUUAUCAUUAGAUAAUACAUUGAUCAGCGAGUACUCAUUGUGUUACUAG